AUGGUGAAGCCCCGCGCCGGCAUGGUGGUGUGCGACGAGGACUGCGCAGUUUCACCAGGUGGUAGUGUAGAGGUUCGUACUCACAGUGGUGCGAUUGAACCGGACUGGGCGUUGACUGAUCCCUCGUUCUGGACACCGAAUGUUGACGCAAUGAUACGACCAGCCAUUAGACUUCGGUUCAAGACAAUGAAUGUGGGUGUAGAGUUUUAUAUGAGCUACGGACGUGCCGGUGGGUUUGAUGUACGCCAUAGCACCAUGAAGCGAGGCCGGGAUGGUGAGGUGACUAUGCGUUAUUUAGUUUGCAGCCGCCAAGGGACCAAAGGGGGUGGUAGUAGCGGCCCAUCCGCUGUGAAUGGUGAGGGAGGCCAUGUUAAGCAACGAAGAAAGCGAAUUUCUAACAGGGUUCAAUGCCUAGCUAAGAUUUGUUUACGACAGGACAACACUAGAGAGUUCGUGGUGACUAUUUGUUUACGACAGGACAACACUAGAGAGUUCGUGGUGACUAUUUUCGAAGAGAAUCACACCCACCCUUUGUGCUCUGAGGCAUCCAAACAAUUUUUGCGCAUCAACAGGAACCUAGAUGCCACACAACAAGCAUUCAUUGCAAGUUGCAUUAAGGCUAAUAUUGGGACCGCUCAAAGCUUCAGAUUAUGCAAGGAGCUAGUGGGUACGUACGGUAAUAUCGGUGCAACAAGCGUUGACUUCCAUAAUUUCAAACGAGACCUACAAGAGUAUGUCAGCGGGGGUGAUGGAGAGAUGAUUAUUAAACAGUUCAGCCAGAAACGGGAGGUGUCGGAUGGUUUUUAUUUCGAUUAUCAACUAGAUGAAGAGAAUCGGUUGACGCGUCUUUUUUGGGCUGACCCCCUAGCUCGGGACAAUUUCUCGACCUUUGGUGACGCCAUUUCGUUCGAUGCAACCUAUGGUACGAACAGGUACUCUUUGGUUUUUGUGCCCUUCACCGGGGUCGACAACCACCAUCGUUGCAUCACCUUGGGGGCUGGACUACUCACUAAAGAGGACGUGGACUCAUACGUGUGGUUAUUAGACAGAUUCAAAACCGCAAUGGGUAAGAGUCCACUUUACGUGGUUACCGAUCAGGACGCCGCCAUGAUUAUUGCUGUGGAACGGGUCUUACCAGAGAGUCGUCAUCGGUUUUGUAUGUGGCACAUCAUGACUAAGGAGAGUCGUCAUCGGUUUUGUAUGUGGCACAUCAUGACUAAGGUUAGUGAAAAAGCUGGUGGUGAACUUGCAAAGGACGAAGUAUUCCGUAAGAAGUUAAAUAGUAUAGUUUGGUCUGACCGAAUCGUAGUUGAGGAGUUCGAAUCUCAAUGGCAGGGGUUAAUGGCAGAGUACGAUCUUGGUGAACACCGCUGGUUUAACAAACUAUAUGCGGAGCGGAUGUUCUGGAUCUCGGCUUAUUUCCUUGACUUGCCAAUGAGUGGGCUACUACGGACGACGUCCCGGUCUGAAGGGGAAAACAGUGCUUACGGUAAGUUCACAAAUCCGCACUCUAGUAUAGUUGAGUUUUAUAUGCAAUUUGAGGGUGUGCUGGAAGCUCAGCGUCACAAACAGACAAAAUUGAACGCUCAGUGCGAGGGGUAUUCACCCGAGUUUAAAACUCCUUUAGCAUUAGAAAGGCAUGUCGCGCAAAUCUACACAAUAACUAUUUUUUAUGAGGUUCAAAAAGAGAUUCUUGGUGGGUGUUUUUUUUGUCGAGUGGUUAGUAUUUGUGAGGACAAGGGUUUGAUGGUGUACGUCAUUAAAGAUGAGUGGAAUAGAGUAUGCAGUGUCGAGUACAACCCUAUUGAUUUUAGUGCACAGUGCAGUUGCAAGUUAUUCCAGAGGAUGGGUUUGGUUUGCAGGCAUAUGUUCUUGGUGUUCAAGGAAGCACACCUACAAACGGUCCCCCCCCAAUAUGUCGUGGGUCGGUGGUGCAAACAGUGCAGCGUUCCGGGGAGCCUGGAGCAGUGCAGUACUAGUAGCCCCCCCGGAAUGGUUAUGAAUUUAUUGUGGGCCGAGAUCAACACGUGUGUAGGGAUGGUGGGAAGGAAUGAGGGACGAUUGACACGGUUGUUACAGGCAAUGAAUGAACUGAAAGCUGAAUUCGUGGCUGACGGGUCGAGCACUCGCAUGGUAAAGGGCAACACCGCUGCUAUUCAGGCUUUGUGUGGUGUGUGCCCUCCGCAAUCCAUAUCUAUUAAGCCCCCAGCACAAGCGAAGAACAAGGGGAGCGGGAAACGCAUCAAGAGCAAACGGGAGUUAGCUAUCGAGGCUAGGGAGAAGGGUGAGCACAAGUGCAGGGCGUGCGGUCUUUACGGGCGUCAUGACCGCCGAAAUUGCCCUAAAUUUCCACGUGUCGGUUCCGGUGACAAACUGAAUAAAAAAAAUAGUGCUUAA